UGUUAAAAUUUUCAAUCUUUCGAUCUACUUUACAUGCUUGUUAGGUACAAUUUGGCAUCUUUUGGUCCUGAAUAUCACACUGGAAGCGCUUUUAUGUGUUGCCCAGAAUUAUGUUUUGUUGGGGAUUAGGGUGCAGCUAUCAAGCCAAACCCAAUAUAUUAUGAAAUUGCUACCUUUUUCCAUUUCUGCAAUAAUAUUCACAUUAUGGAAUGGUGGAGUCUGGGUUUUGUUUGUGAUUUUAUCCUACGCUUGAAUUGAAUAACUAUUUAUUGAUUCUUUUUUGCGUACUUCACUUAUUUCCAACAAAUUUGAUGUUUCUGAUGUUAUCAGAAUCAAUGAAAUUUAUUUUUGAAAUUGUGCUUUUUGGUGUUUGUGUUUGUUUUUUCUUGUUCUUCUUUGUCUUUUGUUAUUUAAUUACGCAUUAGUUUGUUUGGAUGUAAGUUUAGAAAAGUUUGAGAUUUUUUUUAGCAGAAAAAUUUCUUUAUUUUCGGAAAAAAAAAAAAAAAAAAAAAAAACUCUAAAAAGCUCUUCUAAGCUGGUACCCAGACUCUUAUAUGAUUUUGGUUCUAGCUCAAUUUGGCUGCUGAUGUAGGUUAAAAUCUUUUGUGUUGUGUGUGUGGAGGAUAGAAAUUCAGGGCCAAGAGGUUGUUUAGAAGAUGGUUGGGAACCCUGCACUCCAUGUCUCACAAUUGCCAACAUCUUUUCCUUCAUGUCUGAUUACACUACCAGGAAAUUCUUCAUGUUUCAUGCCUCUUCCGAUUAGACGCCACACACACAUCAACAGGAUAGGGGCUGCAUCAGCUGAUGCAGAUCAUGGUCAAAGGUCAUCUACAUCAGAAGCAAAAAAUCCACUUGCAGUUGUGUCGGAAAUUCCGCAUACCAUUUGGAGGCGAACAUUACGGCCACUAAGUGAUUUUGGAUUCAGUGAUAGGAGCAUCUGGGAAGGUGGGGUUGGACUGUUUUUAGUGUCUGGUACUGUCCUAUUUGUUCUUAGUUUGGCCUGGUUGAGGGACUUCCAAAUAAGAUCCAAAUUCCGGAAGUACACAGUGGCCUUUGAGUUUGCUCAAGCAUGUGGGAUAAGCAAAGGAACACCUGUGAGAAUCAGAGGGGUCAAUGUUGGCAAUGUCAUUGGUGUGAAUCCUUCCCUGAAAAGUAUUGAAGCUGUUGUUGAGGUUGAUGAUGUUAAAACAAUUAUACCACGAAAUUCAUUGAUCGAGGUUAACCAGUCAGGUCUUCUCAUGGAAACAAAAAUUGAUAUCAGUCCUCGUGAGCCAAUUCCAACACCUUCUGUUGGCCCUCUUGACCAAGACUGUACUAAGGAAGGUCUUAUUUUAUGUGAUCGUGAAAAGAUCAAGGGUUACCAAGGAAUAAGUUUGGAUACAUUGGUUGGAAUAUUCACUCGCCUUGGCCGUGAUGUUGAGGAAAUUGGUAUCAUCAAUAGCUAUUCCUUGGCUGAACGAGUUUUUUCCAUUAUUGAAGAAGCAAAACCACUUCUUACACAGAUCAAAGCCAUGGCUGAAGAUGUUCAACCUUUGUUGGCUGAAGUCCGUGAUAGUGGCCUGUUGAAGGAACUUGAGAAUUUAACCCAAAACCUUACCCAAGCUUCUGAUGAUAUGAGAAGGGUACAUUCUUCCAUUAUGACGCCCGAGAACACUGAACUGGUUCAGAAGUCCAUAAACACACUUGUUUUUACCUUGAAGAACAUUGAGAAUAUUAGCACGGAUGUUGUGGGUUUUACUGGGGACGAGACUACAAAAAGGAAUUUGAAAUUACUUAUAAAGAAUCUCAGCAGGUUAUUGUGAAGUCAAAUUCUCAGCAGGUUAUAUGACAGGUGUUAUUGACUGUGGAACUGAUUUCUAUGUUGCAUGGACUGGUUUUAAUGGUUGACACUGGAGGACUUCAGAGAGAAUGAAGUUACUGUGAGGUUCAGUUAUACGCAAUCAUCUACCAUCUUGGCGAAUAUAUAUAUAUAUAUAUAUUAUAAAGGAGUAUAGAGCAGCGUUAUAGGAAAAGGUUAUGAGUGGAUUAUAUUUGUAGAGUUAAUAUUUAUGGUCGUUUAGCUUGUUAUAUACGUAUCUCUGGCAGAUACAUUGUAUCAACAUUUCUUUGGGCAUUGUAAUCGACAACUAUAGUUACUUCUUU